AUGGCACAAGAAUCUCAAAAUGUUGAGGACAAAUUGUGGCCUCCCCACAUUGGAAAAAUCUUCAUUGAUAUUAUGGUGGAUGAACAACAAAAGGGGAAUAUGGAACAUGGUAUUUUUAAGGCUCCAGCUUGGCUAUCAAUUACGAAUGCCCUAAAUGAGCAAACGGGGAAGAGUUUUCGCCCUAAGCAACUACAACAGAAGCAUAAUAGGCUUAAAGGUAAGCAGAGAAAGUGGAGCCAACUUUUAAGCCAUACCGGGUUGGGGUGGGAUGAGACAACCCAAACGGUUACUGCUUCUGAGGAGGUGUGGGUGAAUGUGACUGCGGCUAAUCCUAAAGCAAAUGCAUUGCGGAAGAGUGGAUGUCCUAGUUAUGACAAACUACGGCAGUUGUUUGCUGCUAAUGCUACAACCGGUGCCUUUCAAAUUUCAUCAAACACAUUAGCCCCAGAUAGUAAUGAAGAGCGUGCCUUAGAGGAGGAAAUUGCCAAUGAGGCUCGUCAUACCCAGUUGGGUGUUGAUGAUUGCUACAAUCCUGACAUGGAGGGCAAAACCCAAGAUGAUCCCCUUGCUACGGAGCAAACCCAACGUGCGAACAAACGUCCCAUUGAAGAGCCUACUGGCAAGGGGAAGAAGGUUGCCAAGAAAGUGGAUAGGGGUAGUGACAUGACCAUUGCUCUUCAAGAGUAUACUGCGUUGGCAAGGGAACAAUUUAACAAGAAAAAGGGCAAGUCUAUAGGUAGCUCUGACCAUGUUGCACAAUCUGCUACUGGUGGCGAUCCUUGCUCCCUUGGAAGGGCAUUAGAGGUGCUGAACUAG